AAACCAAGACUCGCAGAUGAGAAGUGGAGAAGAGGAGCGGAUGUGAGAAAGGAAACAGGGGAGACGAGAAGAAAAACCCCAGAUCCGAAUGAACCCCAAGGUUGCGUGUCUCUGUGGGCUCACAGCUGGAAAACUGAGGGAGAUAUGAGGAGCUGCUGUCCACCACGGGGGCUCUGAGGCCGCCUGCUUCUAUCUCCGUCUGCCCGGUCAUGCUUCUGGGAGAAUCCAUCUGUAUCCUUCUCUUUGUCUAUCAGUAAUUGGCCUCGGCAGGGAUUUUUACGGCCAGAGAGAAAGAAGGCGAAGUGGAUCUCUGGAAGGUGAGGACAUAAGAAGAAAAAAAGGAGAGGAAAAGGAGAAGAGAAACGAGGGGAACAAAAGAGCCUUGUGAAAUUGUUUUGAAACGGGGACAAAGCAGCAAUAAAAAAGUAGAAAAAGGACAAAAAAAAGCUGCAAUUGAACUUGGCCGGUGGUUUAUACUGUAGCUGGAGGGGAUUUGGAGUAUAAAUUCUCAUCCUGUCAAUGAGGUUACUGUCCUCUCACCCACACGGCUCCACACUGGUGCCUUUGUCAUGCUCUGGAGAGGCAAAAAGCGAUACUGAGACCUCUGUCUCAGAGACAUGUACGGUUGAUGGGAGUGUAGGAUAACUUGUGUGGAUAAAACAUCGCAACGGCCCGGGAAUCUCCAACCAGAGGCUCCAACUCUUGACUGCUUAACCCCCCCCCCCUCUCCUUGACGUGCCUUGUCAAGUCGGGGCAUCUUCAUGUUGGAUGCAUCCCGUUCAGUGGUGUCACGGUGUUUGUGUAACUGUGGAGUGCAGGACUCCAGUCCGUACCGCAAGAUGACAUCUGAACAGCUCUUCCAUCUGUCACUAAAUGUUUACAUCAUCAUCCUGGGCAUUGGCCUCUUCAUCCUGGUGCUCAGCCUCAUCUUCUGCUGCUAUCUGUUUAGACUGAGGAGACGAAGUACGAGAGAACAAUAUGGCUACAAUGAGGUUGUUUUGAAAGGAGCGGGGAAGAAACUCAGUCUGAUUGGUCAAACAUGCGUGGUGUGUUUGGAAGAGUUUCGCAGCAGGGACGAGCUCGGACUGUGCCCCUGCUCCCACGCGUUUCACAAAAAGUGUCUGCUAAAAUGGUUAGAGAUCCGCAGUGUGUGCCCGAUGUGCAACAAGCCAAUCGGUCGCCUCCAGGCCGAGCAGCCACGCGCCCCGGAGCGGCCGCCGAAUAUUUUAGAAGUCUGAGACAAAGCUGCGUCCCUCGGUUCCGAGCGCUUUCCGGACACUUGAACCGUCGUUGCGCGGUCGCCGAAAAGUGGUUUCAGUGAUGCAGAUUUUUUUUUUCUGGAAUUUUAAUAUAUGUAAAUGAUAGUAUAGACCAAUCGUUAAGGGUCAAAGGUCAUACCUGGAAAACUGGGUGUGGAAAAAGCUACAACAAGAGAUGGAAGGUAACUAUACCACAUUUCAAUUUAACAAAACAUAAUGGUCAUUAAGUACAGAAGGGCAAAUGCUGCAUUCCCAGAGGUUCAGAAGCUAAGCUAAUGCUAGCUAAAACUGUUGAUAAGAGUGAAGUAUGCCGGAUUAUGUGCAUUCAUAUGCUGCAACAGCGGGCACAACCCACUUAAUGACAGAUAAACGCGUUGUCACUCAAGCCAUUUACACUUUGAAGUGCGUAUAAGCCAUGCUGGAUUUUAAAGCUGGAGACUGUGAGAUUCUUCCAAGUCUAGAUCCUCAGUUGAGCCUUCCCCUAAUCUUACUCCCAUUUUUAGUUCAUAACCUGAAUCUUAAAGCUAAUGUCCAAGUGCCUUAAAGCCAUACGCUUUUAAUCACACAGUAAGCAAGCAUACGUUUAACAGGAGAUGCUGUCUUAAGCUAAUUCCGACUCGUGUAUGUAGAGCUGGCAGUCCAAAUUGAAUCUUUUUGGAGGAUAAAUGGAGUGGUUGGAUGGAUGUCAUUUAAUAUAACUGACUAGAAGUGGAAGGAGCCUAACAACAUUAAGAGUCUUGCAACUGUGCAAGAAAAAACUGCCUGUAUCAGCAGAAAUGCAGUCAUGUGAAUGGGAAAAUGCAGCCUCUUUCAUUUUUUUCAAGGUUUUACCAAUCAACAUGGAAAAAACAAAGGUCAUCUGACGGUUUUCAGGUCAUAGAACGUGGUUAAUGCAGCGUCAAAUAAACAACACGGGACAUGAUACACCACACGGCGUGGGAAAAGACUAUAUGAAAAUGCACCCUCCUGCAGCUGAUACACUGGUGAUAUAAUAAAAUAUUAUGUCAGGAGUUUGUAAUGGGCCUUCUUACUGUUCCCAGAUUUAUGGUAUAGCUUCUUUGGGAUCUUUCCUCUGUGACACACCCUAAUUCUCCACACGAGAAAAGUGCCAAAAUAUGCUGCAUUUCCACAAGUAUUGCUCACUCAUCCAAAAAAACUGAAAUCAGGAGUUCAAAUCACCUGUUUCUACGAACAUUUGUGAAGGAACGGUUGCCAGGAGUAAGGUCUGACUGUAUUAUGCCAAGUGUAGAGUUUAGUGGAGGGUGGACUAUAGUCUGGGGUUGUUUUCCAGGAGCUGGGCUCGGUCCCUUAUUUCCAGUAAAAGGAAUUCUUCAGCCUUAGGAACAAUUUGAAGACGGCCCCUCCCUCGUCCAACUUGACUGCACACAAGUGCACAAAGCAGGAAACAUCAAGAUGUAUAUGAUAUGUAAUUGCAUACGAUAUGUAUUACACUUCUAUGACAAGUCCUUAACUAAAUUAGUUACGCUAACAUUUCCUUUCCCUGUGGGAUAGAUCAAGUAGAUCAAGUAGGCCCACUCAUCCAAUUAGUAAAUUACCUCACAAAUCCGCUUGAAGUUGAAGUUGCUGAAGCUACGCUGGGAUGCUGGGGCGGGCAUCAACAUAGAGAACCCCAUGGAUUAAGAAUGGGAUGUCACUCAACUUCAUUUGAGUCAAGGCAGGUGAGCAAAUACUUUUGGCAAUAAAGUGUAUACGCGUUCUGAUGCACAUUUGAAUGACAAUGAGUGGGUUAUACUCAUCAUCUGCAUCCUUACAGAGGCAGUCAGUGUGUUCUUGGAUUGCUUGAUACGCUGUUUCUGCAUUUUGGAUCUAUUUUCAUUGAAUACAUCAUUAUUACACAGUGUGAUGUGUCGUGCUGUUGUUGCUUUGAUGUCAACCUGAGGCUACAUGACGUCGUUCAGAAUGAAUGAGUUUUGUAAAAAGGUCCUGAAAAGUAAAUAAGUAAAGAUAAGUAAAACCUCACAAAUAAAAAAAGACUUUCCCCUUUUUUUUUGCACGACUGUACUUUGGUUCUGUUUCAAGGGCCUGAACAUUAACAGUUUACCUUAGGUGUCCUUUGAAAGAUUUCAAGCCAACAGCACAUACUUCAGCACUAGCUAACAAGAGUUUCCUUCGGCAAUGUCAGCUCUCCGUGAACUGAGAGUAAGUAUUUUGGGGGAGAAAGCAGCAUCAGAUCCUGUAAUACUGCUUUAAUUUUCGAUCCUUCGACGUGUCAGUCGAUCUGACCCUCCCCUGCUUUCUCCGAUUUCCCAAAAGUGACACACAACUCUUCCUGAAUCUGAGGUAUUUUGGUCUCUCUCAACUACUUAAGAAGACAGAAACGGAAGAAAGUGUUUCAGUAUCCAGAACAUGGACUACAGAGACUGUAAACAGGAAUGUAUUGUGUUUUUUAAUACAAUAUUAGCAGUGAAAUCUGUUUCAUUUAACAGCAUGAUCGUUGGGAAGUAGCAGGACAGAUGUGUGUGCUCUGGCAUUAUCUAGUGUCUCACAAUCAAACAGUUAUAUCCAGCUGUGAGGGAGCUUUGAUGGGCUAAAUGGCAAACCAGUUAAAUCAUGUUACAGAAAGAAAAUACAUGCUAAAGGGCCCCUAAAUAACUAACAAAAACAUAUAUGUAAGCCUAACCUUUAACAUUUUUUUCUUAUGAACUAUUUUGUAUCAUAGCUGCCUUUCAAUGAAAUGUUUAGCAUGUCAGAGAUGCUUUAACACUCAUUUUUCAUAAUGAAAACAAUAUCUAGUAUUUAGAAAUUUGGACAUUUGUAUAGUUUUUGUAUUGAUUCUAAUAUUUGGAAAGGUUACAACUUUAUACUGUUGAUGACCAGGUGGUUUGGAUCCUACUAAUUGGUUGGGUAUGAUUGUAUUGAAUUGAAUGAAUUAAUGACAAUGACAUCAUUAAAUAAGUUAUGUGUCUUAAGUUGAAGGAUUUUCUUGCCCAAAGCCAUUAUGCAAUGAUUUUAGAUCACAUCUCGUCAAUGAAAUGUGCUGCACUUCUUUUAAAAAAAAUCUAAUUUCCAA